CGCCUCGCCUUCCUUCUCUCUCUAAUGCCCCCCUCCUCCUUCUCCUCUAUCUCUCUUUCUCCUUCGCUCUCUCUAUCCCAGUGUCUUGCUUAGAGCAGUUGGUUCAGCAGAGCGGUAUAACAGAGUGGAGUGUGUUUGCCGUGACGUGAGUGUGUCCAGAGCAACGAUCGCAGUAAAAACAGAGAGAGAAAGAGAUAGACGCACGGAGAUAGAAAGGUAGAGAGAGAGAGAGAGAGAGAGAUCCAGAGGGCAGGACUGAGAAGACUGAGAGAAAGCAACACUCCUGACCACUACAGAGGCACAGACACAGUGCUGCCAGAGGCUGACAGUCUAACAACCUCCUCACAUCUCUUCCACAUCCCGGCCACAGAAGACCGCAGCCCUUCCACCAGUGUGACAUACGACUGAGGACACAUCCAGGUGCCGCAUCCGCUUCUCCAACAUCCUAAAGGCGGCACAUAGAUCCCUUCUUACAGACCAGUCGGCUGUACAUGGAGACCCCCAGUUGGGCAGAAACCAAGCCAGGAAGUGGUCUGUGCAAACCAGGAACCAUUGCUCUGUUUGGCAACGUGGUGUACAGCGGACUGCUCAACGAGCACUUCUGGCAUUUUGGGGUUCCCCUUGUCACCAGACUGGGUAACCAAGAGGCCCCAGCUCCCCCUGAAGCCAUGGCUCAACCUUUCCCACCAGCCCAGUACCCUGCUCCACCACAGAAUGGCAUCCCUGCUGAGUACACCACACCCCAUACCCAUCCUCCGGCCGACUACACAGGACCAAGCACGGUGGCCGAGCACGCCCUUACACUGUACACAGCGACACACUCACACAGCGAACAGCCAGGAAAUGAAAGCAACAACCCUUCCCUCACAUCCAACACAGUAACGGCAGAGGAGGCUGUACAGACAGAGGGCUCCCAGCAGCUCCACCUGCAACCCAAUGAUUCAUCUAUGAAGCAGCAGCCUAAGAGAUUACAUGUCUCCAACAUUCCUUUCCGUUUCCGAGAUCCUGACCUCCGGCAAAUGUUUGGGCAAUUUGGCAAGAUUUUAGAUGUGGAGAUUAUUUUUAACGAGCGAGGAUCCAAGGGCUUUGGGUUUGUAACAUUCGAAACAAGUGCAGAUGCUGAUCGUGCAAGGGAGAAACUAAAUGGUACAAUCGUAGAAGGACGGAAAAUUGAGGUCAACAAUGCCACUGCCAGAGUAAUGACUAACAAAAAGGUGGCCAACCCUUACACAAAUGGCUGGAAGCUGAAUCCAGUAGUUGGAGCCGUAUAUGGUCCUGAAUUUUAUGCAGUGACAGGCUUUCCAUACCCCAGUACAGGAGCAGCCAUGGCCUAUAGGGGGGCUCAUUUGAGAGGGAGGGGUCGUGCUGUCUACAAUGCAUUCCGAGCUGCACCUCCUCCUCCACCUAUCCCUGCCUAUGGAGCUGUGGUCUACCAGGAUGGCUUUUAUGGGGCAGAAAUAUAUGGAGGAUAUGCAGCUUACAGGUAUGCACAGCCAACUGGUACCGCUGCAGCUGCAUACAGUGACAGUUAUGGCAGAGUCUAUGCAACAGCAGACCCAUAUCACCAUACGAUCGCUCCUGCGGCCACUUACAGUGUAGGCACUAUGGCUAGCCUUUACAGAGGAGGGUGCAGUCGCUUCACUCCCUACUAGAAAAGAGGGGGGGGGGACACGCCCCCUUCCCUUCCCCGCAAAACAGACAAAAACACACAGCAACAAAUGAAAUGAAACCCAUGUUAUGGAAAACUAAAAACAAAAUUAUGCCAAGUUGCAAAUGUGAUCCUGAAGUCCAAGAAUCAUACUCAAGUUCCUACCCUUUUUACAGUGUACACAUUGUCAUUUACUGAUGUAAUGUUCUUAUUUUUUAUAUUAACAUUUUGUUACUCUGUGUUGACUUAAAUGUAUCUGUAUUGAAAUGUCUGUAGUAAAAAUAGACAAUAGUAAAAGAGAUAAAAUUGGGAUAGAGUUAGAAAAGUUUUAAUCUCCCUCCUACUCACUCUCCACAACGCAGCUUCUUUGAAAUGGACUUUUCCCACAAAUUUUUAUUCUAUGUAAUUUCCCUAUUUUUACCUACCAAUUUCCCCCACUAAUUAAGAGCCCUAAUGUUCAGCAAUUCUGUUUUGGCAAACACAUUUCAGGCAGGAUUAAUUAAGUAAAUUAUAUAACAUUCACCCCAUGACACAAACUGGCUCCAUUGUAAGUGAACUAACUGAAUCAUAGUUUCUAAUUGUCCUAAUGGGUCUCAGAGCUGUUCAGCUCAAAGGAGGUGAACUUUUAAAGAAAUGGCUACCAAGAAGUGAUGCAUUAUGAAACUCAGAAGUUGAGAGGAAGAGUGUGAUAUAUUACUGAAUGUGAAUGCAGGAGGAGGUGGUGUAUAGCAGGGUGGAUCAAAAACUAUGGCAACCAUUGCAAAAUGGGUAGCAGUGUCCCAGUUGAUCGCUGGCAUUGUGCCAGAAGCAUGAGGUAUCCCAUUACUACUGAAUGGUUUAAAGGAGAAUACAACAUCUUCUCAGUAAUUAAUGUCUUAACUUCCUGCACAUUUACAGCAAUAAUCCCACAGCGCGGUAAAGAUAUAUUGUCCUCUUCCUGAUUUGUCACACUUGACACACAGAAAAUACAAAAUUUUAAUGAUGAAUUCAUUUAUUGAAGGAUAAAAACCUACUUGUCCCAGUGUGAAAGAUUAAUUGCCCUCUCAGUUUCUAAAUCAAUGAAAUUGCAUUGAUAAUUGGAUUAAAUGUCAAUAGCCACACCCAGAAAUGAUUACUACCAGACCUGUUUAAUCCAAACAUCACUGAAAUAUAAACUGUCUGAAUAUGUGAAGUAGGCUAAAAGGUCUCGAAAGCAACACAUGAUGCCAAAAACUAAAGAAAUUCAAGAACAAAUGCCAGAUUAAGUCAUUGAAGUCUGGAAAGUUUUCAAAAAGCCAUUGCAAAGGUCCCUUGGAUACUAGUGAAACAUGGUGAGAGUCAUUAUCUACAAAUGGAUUACAAGGUGCAAAGCACUGCUGACCAAAAACGGAAGAAUGGCUUGUCUUACAUUUGGCAAAAGAUGACAAAGAUUUUUGGGAUAAUAUCUUUUUGACUGAUGAGUCAAAAUAACUUUUUGGAAAACAUGGGUCCUAUUACAUCUGGCGAAGAGUUAAUACAGGAUUCCACAAUAACCACAUCAUGCCAACAGUGACACACGGUGGUGGAAGUGUGAUUAUCUGGGGCUGCUUUGCUGCUUGAGAACCUUGAAAACGUGCCAAAAUUGAUGGAGCCAUGAAUUCUGCUUUUCGCCAGAAAAUCCUUAAAGAGAAUAUUAUCCCAUUAGUUCCAACACAGCUGGAUUAUGCAGCAGGAUGUUGAUCUGAAGCACACAAGCGAAUCCACCUCUAAAUGGCUCAAAAGAAAUAAAUAUUUUGCUUGAUGUAGCUUGUUCAUGCUUGAAAACCCUCUAAUGUGGCUUAAUUAAAACAAUUCUGCAGAGAACAGUGGGCAGAAAUUCAUCCACAUUAAUGUGGAAGAGUCUUUGCUAUUCAUUACAAAUUUUUAAUUGCAGUUGUUGCUGUCAAGGGUGGCAAAACUAGUUAUUAUGUUAUAAUGGGCAAUUCUUGUAAAAAUAUUUUCACAAAUGUUUUGGAUCAUUUUGCCUGCAAUAAAUGAAAUGAUCGUUUAAAAGCUUUUUAUUGUGUAACUCAUUUAUAUUAGGAUUUAGUAGGAUGUUUGAAACAUUUAAAUUUGAAAAGUAAGCAAAAAGGAAUUGGGAGGGGGCAAAUACUUUUUCACAACAGUGUAUGGACACUGACAUUUUUGAAACCUAUUUUUGAAUGUAUUUCAUUUAAUCUUAUUCACUCUGACAUCCUGCUCAUGAAAGACCUAAUCAUUUAUUAGGAAAUAUCUGUGCCUCAGACCUACUUUUCAGUAGACAUGGAAGCUGUGAUGGCAGUUAUCCAAAAUGCAUGCUACCAGUGACCUCAAUCCAAACAUUAUAUGUAUGCUAUCAGGUUUCUAAAUCAAUUAAGAUAAACAAGUUUAUUGUAUUCAUGAGUAAAAACCUGACAGUGAUCUAAUGCAGGAUAUUUUUUAUUCGCUUAGGUAUAGAUUGGCUAAUAUGGAAAGUCCCAUGACAUGUAAUACUUUUUCAGUGUUUUAUUUACCAUAUUCACAAGAAGAUAUAUUUGUAGUUAUAAGUAAAUAUUUUUUUCCCAAUAUCCCCUCUCUCCCACUUCUAUCUGGAGCCCUACCUAGCAGAAACCGGCCUGUUUUUUAAAAAGAUAUUUUCGGGGUAUUUCACCUUUAUUGAUAGGACAGUGCAAGUGUGAAAUGGCGGGAGGGACUGGGGUAGAUACGCAGAAAUGGGCCCGGUCAAAACCAACCCUUUGGCCGCUGUAGGAGGACUCAAUCCUCCAUAUGUUGGGUGCCUGCACUACCAGUUGAGAUAGAAGGCACCCCAACAGGUCUGUUUCUGAGUGACAUGCAGCCAGGGCAAGGGAAUGAGACUUACUACUGUAGCUUCUUAAAACUCACCAGCAAAUGCAUGUAAUGAGGGUCAGUCAGCACUGAAAUUAGAUGAUCUUUUGGCACUAGAUUCCAGUGCAAACCCUUAGAUCUUCUGGCGGUGUUGGGCGGUGUUAUGGUGGAAAUAUCCUUUGCCUUGGUAGUAACUUUCAAACAGCUUACCCUUUUUUCUGAGAUCUCUAGGCAGUGGAUUUCAUCUCUUUACUCCGAGUAAGCAAAUGUGCAGUUCUCAAAGAGAGCCAAGAUAAAAGGGUAAUUUGUAAAACAACAGAAAUGGGAAUCGGGAAACCUAAAACAGCGAGAUUAAAGUAAUCCGACGAUGGGUUGAUAAAUAUCAUUCAAAAGAUUAAAAGUCAAAAAAUUGUUUGAGAGGCCAAUUAAGUUUCCUUAGAGACUGUAUACAAAUAUAGCAGAUUUCCGAACAUAAAAAAAACAACUAAUCCUGUAAAGUUAGAGAGUAGAUUGGGGUGGCUGUGCUUGGAACAUAGCUGAGGUUGAUGACUUUUUCACAGAGUUGCUGAGCUGUGUAAACUUCUUGACAUCAAUUUGCACACAUUUCACAUAUUGCAUUAGUCAGCUGACCUAUUCCAACAGCAGCUGGCAAAGCCCUCAGUACACUCAAGCAUUCAGUUUUCCACUAAUCUCAAUCCCUCUCUCCCAGUCAAAUCCAUACAAACACAAACACUCUCCCACCAGUAAAUAGCAUCUGUGCCUGCUGUGUCUGAUGGGAUUGUAAAGAGGGGAGGAGUUAGUAGCACAGUAAGAAAGGGGAGUCUGAAAAGAAGCAGCAAUUGAGGCAAUUUACAUUACAGAUUAGUGAUAAGAGAGUUUACUGAUCUCAUUUGAAAAUAUGGCCUACGAGACUGAAUAAACUCACACAGACAUUCACACUAAUAAGACUGAUGGUGUCACUAGUGUCUGCCUGCAUACAGUCUUUUCUAUCACUCUCAAGUUGUUUCCAGUGAGGGCAAAGUAUUCACUUAAAAGCUGCAAUUGACCAGCUCCAUUUCUGAGUAUUCCAUUUUGAUUGAAAAUGUGUUCAGAAAAUUAACUACUAACGCAAUAUAAAUGUACAGAUAUCUGCAGAAUAUGGUGACUUAGAGUAUAAUAUACAUUCAGUGGUGAUGGGAUAUUAAAUGCUUUUCUUAACAAUUCAUGUGAAUAAAAAUAUGUAUUCGUGUUUUCCUGUAACACUCAUCCAUGGACUUGAGAAUUUUUAAAUACAUGUUUGUCCUAUGUUCUGUUAAAGUCUUUUGUAUUUAUGUAUCAUAGAACAGGGUGUAACAGUAUAGGAUUUAUUAGUCUAUUGUUUAGAGGGAAAUGGACAUUAGGUCCUUCUUCUACUAAAGAAGAAAAUAUAUAUUGAAAGACAAAUGAUGAUAUGUUCUUCCUUUUCAAUAGUUAUAUAUUCAUGGUUAGAGGCUAGACAACAGCAACAU